AGGAGAGAGCAAGAUUGAGGAGCACACAUUGCCCAGCUUCCCCACUGCAGCCGAGAGAGGCAGCGCGAGAGAGUGAGACGAGAGCUCGCGUCGUAGCAGCACUGACUACAGGGCUACAUAGCACUUGGCUGAGGGAUCGAUUCAGUCGACCAAAAGACACUGGGAGAGUGAGGAGCCUCUUGGAGAUCAGUGUACAGCAAGGAAGAGGGACCAGCAUCAGAGGGAGACGAGAGGUAAAUCAAAGGCACAUUUGAAUUUUUCAUCCAUCUGAUUUCUCCAACUUGGAGCAGGAAUUGGCAUUGGCUCAGGAGGACCACUGCUUGCACUCCAGAUCCUCAGAAGUCUGUCAUUAAGUACCGUGCGACGUUGCGAGGAGAGCCCAGCCCAGGCCCAUGGCUCCAAAGCCGUGGCGGUUCACCAUGGUCCCUGCACGAGGCUGGCUGCUUGGCCUGACUCUUCUCCUUCUAGGGGCCCAGGCAGCUCCGUCCGAGUCCGGCGAGCGGGGGAACCUGGUACGUACCACCAGGGUCAGACGACAGGCCCCUCCAGGGGGCCCCGCCGGCCAGCCAGACAACCAGACGGUCAAGGAGCAACCCAUGGUGUUCAACCAUGUGUACAACAUCAACGUGCCACUGGACUCGCUGUGCUCCGUGGAUCUGGAGUCGGCCCCGCCCGGCCAGGCCGUCGGGGGGACCGUUUCUGGCGCUGUCGGGGAGGGCCCCACAGAGUUCACGGAGCAGACGGUGGACGCCGACAGCCAGGUCACCUUCACCCACCGCAUCAACAUCCCCAAGCAGGCUUGCCCCUGUCCGGCCGUCGAUGUGGUGCAGCAGCUGGCCACCCGCGUGGAGAUGCUGGAGAGAGAGGUGUCUCUGCUCAGGGCCCAGUGUGGCUCCGGUAACUGUGGCUGCGGGGAGAGCUCAGCCACGGGUCACUUGGACUUCAUCCCGCAGUGCAGUGGCCACGGCAGCUUUAACGUGGAUCUGUGCGGAUGCGUGUGUGAUGACGGCUGGACGGGCAAAAACUGCUCCGAGCCACGCUGCCCUGACAACUGCUCCGGACAGGGCGUGUGUAUGGACGGUGAGUGUGUCUGUGACCGUGACUUUGGGGGGGACAACUGCUCGGAACCCCGCUGCCCGGCCGACUGCUCCGGUCGAGGGCUGUGCAUCGACGGGGAGUGUGUCUGUGAGGAGAACUUUGCUGGAGAGGACUGCACCCUGAGUCGCUGCCUCAACGACUGCUCCGACCAGGGGCUUUGUACCAACGGGACCUGCCACUGUCGCCCGGGAUACCUGGGAGAAGACUGCUCCCUGGCCUACUGCGCCAAUAACUGCAGUCAAAAGGGCAUCUGCAAAGAAGGAUUCUGCGCCUGUCAAGAGGGCUUCGCAGGAGACGACUGCUCUGCAGUGGCUCCGGCUCUUAACCUACGCAUCAGGGGUGUGACAGAGCGUACCAUUGACCUGGAGUGGGAUGUGUCAGCACUGACGACAGACUACCUGGUCACCUACGUGACCACCAGCCCAGGUGGGGUCCAGCUGGAGAUCAGGGUCCCUGGUAACACCACUGCCUGCACUAUCCCAGACCUGGAACCUGGCGUCGAGUACAACAUCAACCUGUAUGCUGUGGUGGACAAUGUCAUCAGUGUACCUGCCAAUGUCCAGGUGUCAACCUAUCUCUCAAAUCCAAACGGUUUACUCUUCAAAUCCAUCACAGAGACGUCUGUGGAGGUGCAGUGGCAACCAUUCUACUACGCACUGGAUGGCUGGGAAAUAAGCUUCAUUCCUAAGGACAACGAUGGAGGGAUGACAGCCCAGUUACCCAGCACCAUCACUUCAUUCCACCAGACAGGGUUGAGACCGGGAGAAGAGUACACCGUCAACCUGGUGGCUCUGAGGGACCAGGGCCGCAGCCAACCAGUAUCCGCCACUGUCACCACAUUAAUGGAUGGACCAACGCAGCUGAUCGUGCGUGACGUCUCUGACUCUGUGGCCUUCGUGGAAUGGACCAACCCAAAGGCCAAGAUAGACCAGAUAGUACUGCGCUACGGUCUGAUUGGAGAGGACGGGCCAAAGACCACCUUCCGCCUGCAGCCCACCCUCAGCCAGUACUCUCUACAGGUUCUACGACCGGGUUCACGCUACCAGGUCUCCGUCAGUGGUGUGCGCAAGGGCAACGAGACCGGAACCGUCGCCACGGAGUUCACUACCGUUCUUUCGUUCUUCUCAGAGAUCGACGCGCCCAAGAACCUGCGGGUGUUGUCCAAGUCUUCCACCACCCUGGAGCUGGAGUGGGACAACAGCGAGGCGGUCGUGGAGGGCUACCAGGUGGUCUACAGCACCCUGGCAGGUGACCGGUACAAAAAGGUCAACGUCAGACGAAGCGACGGACCCACCAGCAGGGCCGUACUUACAGACCUAUUGCCAGGUACAGAGUAUGGCAUUGGCAUAUCGGCCGUUCUUGGCACCAAUCAGAGUUCUCCUGCCACAAUGAAUGCCAGAACUGGCCUGGAUUCCCCCAUGGACCUGACUGUCAUGGCGUCCACAGACAACACCAUCACCCUGCUGUGGGGUGAGGUACAGGGGCCUAUCGACCAAUACAGGGUCACUUACACCUCCUCAUCUGGCCUUACGAAGGAGGUGACCGUCCCCAAAGAUGUGACCACCACCACUCUCAAAGACCUGGAGCCUGGCACGGAAUACACCAUAACUGUAGCUGCUCAGAGGGGAAGACAGCAGAGCACUGCAGCCACCAUUGACUCCUUCACAGGCUUCCGCCCAGUCAGUGCGCUCUAUUUGUCUGAUGUCACGUGGGACUCGGUGGUGGUGUCGUGGAGCGCCCCGGCCCCGCCCGCCGACCUCUACAUCCUCAGCUACAGCUCAGAGGAUGGCACGGACACCUCCAAGGUCACCCUGGAUGGAUCCAAGACCCGAACCUCUGUCGAGGGUCUCCUGCCCUCCACUCAGUACACUCUCAACCUGAUCACUAUACAGGGAGAGACGACGUCCGAAGCUGUCCCAGCCACCAUAACCACAGGAAUGGACCCACCUAAAGAGAUGACAAUGUCAUAUGUCACUGAAGACUCUGUAACCAUAUCAUGGUCGAGACCUUUUGCACCUUUUGACUACUACAAGAUGUCCUAUCAAUCUGCAAGAGGGCGAGUAGACAGCGUGGUGAUUGACAAUGAUGUCACCAAUUACACCUUAUCCAGUCUGCACCCGGCGACGGAGUAUGAGAUCAGCCUGAAUGCCGUGAGGGGCAGCCAGGAGAGCCAGUCAAUCACAACCAGUGUCUUCACAGCAAUGGACAUGCCAAUGGAGCUGACAGCCCUAAACAUUACCCCACAAGAAGCUCUGCUGCGGUGGAUACCUCCUCUGUCCAACGUUGACAACUAUGUGCUGACCCUCACCUGCAACCAGAUGACGGCCAAUACUUUCCUGGUGGACGGCGUGGAACGGGAGCACCAGCUGGUGAAGCUGAUGCCAAGCACCACCUAUUCUGUAGCGCUAUAUGCCACCAAGGGACCUCUAACCAGCGGAACAGUCAUCGCAAACUUUGCUACACCCAUGGAUGCUCCUUUGAACCUGACAGCCAGUGAGGUGAACCAUCGCAGUGCCCUCAUCUCAUGGCAACCACCCAUUGCAGACAUCGACAACUACAUGCUCACAUACAAAUCAGCCGACAGCAGCAAAAAGGAGCUGAUCCUGGAUGCAGAGGACACGUGGAUUCGUCUGGAAGGCUUGGCAGAGACCUCAGAGUACACCGUGAGACUGCAGGCUGCCAGGGGAUUAGAGACCAGUGACGUUGUCUCCACUGCUUUUACAACAGGAAACCGGUUGUUUGCCACCCCCCAGAACUGUGCCCAGCAUCUUCUUAACGGGGAGUCCCUCAGUGGCGUCUACACCAUCUACAUCAACAGAGACCCUAACCAGGGAGUGCAGGUCUACUGCGACAUGACCACCGACGAGGGCGGCUGGAUUGUGUUCCAGCGACGUCAGAACGGCCUGACUGAUUUCUCCAGGAAGUGGAGUGACUACAGAGUCGGAUUUGGAAACCUAGAGGAUGAAUUCUGGCUCGGUUUGGACAAUAUACAGAAGCUUUCAGCUCAAGGACGCUACGAGCUCCGGAUUGACUUGAAGGAUGGUCAGGAGUCUGUCUAUGCCAACUAUGACAAGUUCGCCAUCGGAGAUGCCAGGAGUCUAUACAAACUCAGGAUAGGAGAGUACAAUGGCACAGCUGGGGACUCGUUGAGCUAUCACCAAGGCCGUCCCUUUUCCACCAAGGACAGAGACAACGACAUUGCCGUGACCAACUGUGCCCUGUCCUACAAAGGAGCCUGGUGGUACAAAAACUGCCACCGGGCCAACCUGAAUGGGAAAUAUGGCGAGUCAAGACAUAGCCAGGGUAUCAACUGGUAUCACUGGAAGGGUCACGAGUUCUCUAUUCCUUUUGUUGAGAUGAAGAUGAGGCCUUUUAACUACCGCAGCAUCAGUGGCAAGAGAAGGAGGUCCACUCCUCCAGAAUAAAGCCCUCACCCACUUAGCCCCAAGCUAGAUGUUGCUACUUUUACAAAAAGCUGAAAGACAAUAGGAGGAGCAAUGUAAUUUAUAUAGACAUUUGAAUGGCAGUGGUUCUGUUUGCUAGCCUGGAAAUCUAGACUGAAUAAACUGUUUCACAUUGGUUUCACUUGAAAACGCUAGUGAAACGUGUAAAAUGUGUUCAAGGCCGUAUUUUGAGGCUGUAUAUAGUGUUUGCUAAGAUAGUAAGGGAGGUUAACCAUGCAGUCUUUGUGUUAAGUAAUUUUCCAGUCCUGAACGUUGAAGGGGUCAACUCAACGUAGCUUUCAUGAACCUCUGUACAAUAUGAGUACAUGAGAGCAAGGAUUAUUUUCCCAGUACAAAUUAGUAAUUUUAACAAAAUUCUAUAUGCCCGUAAACACGUAAGAUAUUCUAUUUUUAUAAGACUGAUAUUGUAACAAAGUCCAUGUAUUACUUGAUAUAAUUUGAUGCUUUGUCAUUGCAAUUUUUAUUGAAAUAGCAACUCUCCAUGUGUUUUAUAUACAAAUGCCUGCAUAGAGCAUUUCAUUGGACAUUGACAACCCACUCGAACUCAUAAUGACCUAAACAAAAAUAGCAAUCAUCACGCUGUACAUAAGCCUGUAACAGUGGAUUUAACAUCAGCCAUUUAUUUAUUUAUCAUUUAUUAGCAGUUUACCGUUAAAAUUGAAAUAAAAUCCAAGAUCCACACUCUGGUUGGAACAAUAGAAAAGAGAAGAGCACCAAGCAAUGACUGUACAAGCCUAGACAUCAGCGUUUAUUAUUAUCAGUGAGAAAACAACAGUACACAAGUCAUUAGCAAUGAAGGACUACAUAAUAUGACCACUGUCAUGUCAUUUUACCCACCUUGUAUAAUGCUAGCAUAUUUCAACAAUACUGACAUGCAGUGUUCUCUGUUAGGAAACUUUCAUCUCCACAAACAAAUGUGAAGCAGUAUAAAGAUACUCUAGGUUGUUCCAUGCAGUGCUUUUAGUUCUGACAUGAAACCAAAGAUUUGCUGAAUAGAAAUAUUCACUGUCGACAGCUCUCCUUUUUUGCAACCUCAUGGUCACUUCAGAAGAUGUUUUGGGGAUCCUUGGUUUUAGUCUCAGUAAUGAUUGUCAUGGUGUUUUCUGAGCACCUGGUUUAUGUCAAUAGUUUAGUGAGUAAUUUAGACUUGAUAAGAUCAUUUAAAUCAGUCUGUAGAUUUCGGUAAUGUAUCUUUGUCCUAUAUCCAAUCCUUCUGUCUCAUCUGUAUUUCUUGUCCAGUCCGGUGAAAUUACAUUCGGUCUGCUGUAGAGAACUAUGUACAUUUGAUGGAUACACUGUAAUCCUCAUCCAAUCACUUUCAUUAAACCAUUUCAUUUCACUAAGGAUGAGAAAAGUGGA